AUGGCUCCAGUUACCUCCGGCGAGGAUCAAUCAAAACAGAGAAUCCAUCGAGAUACAGUCAGGAAAGCUCUCAUGUCUUUGAUUAAAUGGAAAAGAAAGCAAGUCUCCGAUCAGAAAGAGUCGAUUUCCGGCGACGUUGAUGAUUUCAUCUAUCUUCUCUUAACUCUCAAGAAAAUCCCAAACAAAGACUUCACCAAAAGCCCUAACAAAAUACCCAUUCCCCACUCUCUACAAACUUCGCCGGAAUUCUCCCGCAGUUGUCUCAUAAUCGAUGACCGGCCAAAACCCAACUCUCAGAAACUAACCGUCGAAUUCGCCGACAAAAAAAUCAAAUCUUUAGGCAUACCCAUCUCGAAAAUCCUCAAACUCUCCAAGCUCAAAUCAGAUUACAGAUCAUUUGAAUCAAAAAUGGAACUAUUAAACUCAUUCGAUAUCUUCUUGGCUGACCGGCGAGUAAUCGACAUGCUGCCGGGGAUAUUGGGCAAGGUGUUCUACAAGAACAAGAAAAAGAUUCCGGUGCCGGUGGAAUUAAAGCGAGAUGGCGAUUGGAAAGAGGAGAUUGAAAUGGGGUUUUGUUCUUCUUUGUUGUGGUUAAGUAAAGGGACUUGUAGUGUGGUGAAAGUGGGUAAAUUUGAAGGAAUGGAUGUGGAGGAGAUUGUUGAUAAUGUGGUGGCUGCCGUCGAUGAAGUGGUGGAGGUGGUGCCUAAGAAAUGGGUGGGGGUGAAAUCGUUUCAUUUGAAGUUUUUUGAUUCAUUAGCAUUGCCGAUUUAUCAAAGAAAGGAGGAUCUUAUUCGUGAGAAUGGGAUUACAAAAGUGUAG